GGACAGCGGGGCCUGGCGCCGAGACGCCGCUUAGCGGCCGCCACUGGAGACACUCCCUCCCGCCGCCCCCUCCUCCUGCCGGCGGCGGAGUGAGGCUGACGAGGGGGAACAGGGAGCCCCCUCUCCUUCUGGCGGCGGCAGCGGCCGAUCCCCGGCUCGGGCGCGAGGGGCGGCCGCGAUGCGCUCGUCCUGAGGCAGUCGGCUCGGCCCUUCCUCGCUUCCCUUGACUGUUCCACGGCGUCUCUGCGGCCCGGCGUCAUCCCGCGAGUCCCUGUGACAGGAGGGAAGAUGGCUGCAUUGAGCUCACCGAGCUGGCUGGACGAGCUGGCCCGGCAGGCCGAGGAGGGCUCGGCCCGGCUGCGGGAAAUGCUCUCGGUCGGCCUAGGCUUUCUCCGCACCGAGCUGGGCCUCGACCUGGGGCUGGAGCCGAAGCGGUACCCGGGCUGGGUGAUCCUGGUGGGCACGGGCGCGCUCGGGCUGCUGCUGCUCCUCCUGCUCGGCUACGGCUGGGCCGCGGCUUGCGCCGGCGCCCGCAAGAAGCGGAGGAGCCCGCCCCGCAAGCGGGAGGAGGCGGCGGCCGCGCCGGCCCCGGCCCCUGACGAUCUGGCGCAGCUGAAGAAUCUCCGGAGCGAGGAGCAGAAGAAGAAGAACCGGAAGAAACUGCCCGAGAAGCCCAAACCAAAUGGACGGACUGUUGAAGUGGCUGAGGAGGAAGUUGUCCGAACUCCUCGAAGUGUAACAGCAAAGCAGCCAUUAGAGACAGACAAGAAAAAUGAAAAGUCAAAGAAAAAUAAGAAGAAAUCAAAGUCAGAUGCUAAAGCAGUGCAAAACAGUUCACGCCAUGAUGGAAAGGAAGUUGAUGAAGGAGCCUGGGAAACUAAAAUUAGUCACAGAGAGAAACGACAGCAGCGUAAACGUGAUAAGGUGCAGACUGAUUCUGGUUCAUUGGAUUCAACUAUCCCUGGGAUAGAAAAUACCAUCACAGUUUCCACCGAGCAACUUACAACUGCAUCAUUUCCUGUUGGUUCCAAGAAGAAUAAAGGUGAUUCUCAUCUAAAUGUUCAAGUUAGCAACUUUAAGUCUGGAAAAGGAGAUUCUACACUUCAGGUUUCUUCAGGAUUGAAUGAAAACCUCACUGUAAAUGGAGGAGGCUGGAAUGAAAAGCCUAUAAAACUCUCCUCACAGAUGAGUCCAGGUGAGGAGAAGUGGAACUCUGUUUCACCCACUUCUUCAGGCAAGAGGAAAACCGAGCCGUCUGCUUGGGGUCAAGACACUGGAGAUGCUAAUGCAAAUGGAAAAGACUGGGGAAGAAGCUGGAGUGACCGUUCAAUAUUUUCUGGCAUUGCUGCUUGGUCUAGUGUGGAUAGGGGAAUGAAUACCUCUGAACAGAAUUCUGCUUCUUUUGCAUCUCUCACACUUAACUCUGCUGUUUCUGGGUCUACUGCUGAGCCAGUUUCUCAGUCUACCACUUCUGAUUAUCAGUGGGAUGUUAGCCGUAAUCAACCCUAUAUCGAUGAUGAAUGGUCUGGGUUAAAUGGUCUGUCUUCUGCUGAUCCCAGCUCUGAUUGGAACGCGCCAGCAGAAGAGUGGGGGAAUUGGGUAGAUGAAGAAAGAGCUUCACUUCUGAAGUCCCAGGAACCAAUUCCUGAUGAUCAAAAAGUUUCAGAUGAUGAUAAAGAAAAGGGAGAGGGAGCUCUUCCAACCGGGAAAUCUAAAAAGAAAAAAAAGAAAAAGAAGAAGCAAGGUGACGAUAACUCUCCUGCACAGGACACAGGAGAAUUGGAAAAAGAGAUUAGAGAAGAGCUUCCAGUGAAUACCUCUAAAGUCCGUCCAAAACAAGAAAAACCUUUUUCUUUGAAGACCAUAAGCACUAGUGAUCCAGCUGAAGCACUCAUCAAAAAUAGCCAGCCUAUCAAGACUCUUCCACCUGCUAUUUCUACCGAGCCAUCUGUUACUUUGUCAAAAAACGAUUCUGACAAGAGCUCUUCCCAAGUGCCACCGAUGCUACAAGAGACAGAUAAAUCCAAGUCGAAUACUAAGCAAAAUAGUGUGCCUCCUUCACAGACCAAGUCUGAAACUAGCUGGGAAUCUCCCAAACAAAUAAAAAAGAAGAAAAAAGCCAGACGGGAAACGUGAAUAUUUUUUUUCCUGAAUUGGACAUGUGUUUGCAAACACUGUCUUGAAGAUUAUGCUGUUUAUGCAAUAAUUUGUGAACAUGUACAGAGUUUUAUAUAAAUUUAAACCAAUUUUUAAAACAAAACUGUGAACACAACCACCAUAAAAAUGGAAUCAAAGGAAAGUUAAUUUAUGAAAUUAAGAGGUCAGCAGAAUAUACUACAGUGCUGGAAGACACUUGGGGAAAGUCUUUUCAAUUUAACAAGAACGAUCCUAACUUAAGAAUAUUAUCCUGGUUUUACAGCAGUGCCCUGUUUACAACAGAUUGUGCCCUAUCUCAUCUGCAGCCGAGGAAUAAAGGAUUCUGAUUAGAGAGAUGGUUGCCUGCAAAUUGCUAGGCAGCUUCUUGGAUCUUAUGCACAGAACUUAUACCAUUUGUUUUAUGCUUAAAUCAAAGUGCUUUGAUCAAAUGCAUAAUCUGCCAUAUCUUUACAUAUUUGUUGGUAGCAAUUUGUAUUAAAGGAAUCACAAGUGCAAAUAAAGUCAUUUAAUGUUUGUUUAACUAAACUGUCAUGGUUUAGUUUACAGUUUUUAAAAAGUUCUUAAUUAAAACAUUGAAAAUGCAGUAGACACUUGUAUGGCUUAUGAACUUAUUUUUGAUAGUCUUACAUUACUUGAAUUGUUCAAAGUACAGUAUAUUUUAAAUUAAGAAAGGUAAACUAUAUGUAUUUGUUUUAUACUUUUAAGAUUCAGACUCACAAACAAUGCUCUUGUUUAUGAUUUAAGAACUUUCAGGCAAAAUCCAACUUACAUUUUUCCUUUCCCUAGCAAUUACUUUUUUCCAGUGUCAACUCUUCUUCGUUACUGAUACUUUUUGACUUCAAAAAUAAAAUCUUUCACAAACUAGUUGUACAAACAGAAUUGUGAGUAUAUGAUGGAGAAUGAAAAACUAGAGUCAGACAGCUUUAAUUGACAUUGUCAAGACCUCCAGUUAUCAGGAAUACAUUUUUUUACUGCCUUAACCUGUAGUGAGUAGAAUAUGCAUCAAUUUCUUGAAGGGGAUUCAUGUUUUUAUAAGAGUUUUCAUGUAAUUAUUGCAAUUGUGAUCAAAUAAGGAACGUUUCCUGCUUGAAACUGUAUUGAUUUAAAUGAUGUGUGAGAUGUUUCACCAUUUUCAGGCACUGUGUAAUUUUAUUGUAAUAAACUGGCAGGUAUCUUUGUAAUUAUAAAUAGUGCAUGCUCAGCCAUGUACACUGUAAAUAGCCUUUACCAAAUGUGUUUGACAAGGACCAUAAUUAACAUCACUUAGUGAAUUGUGAUAAAGAAAAAAAGCCAUGAUUUAUUGGAUGUGAUUGGCUUAAUUGUUUUUAUGUGGCACCAAGAAUGAAACCGUUUAACAGCUGUAACCAAUGGUACUGAUCUAUCCAUCCAAUGUUGUCUUUAUUAUAUUUGUGGUUUGAUAGUAUUGCAUUGUCAGACUAGGAAAGCUAAAGAAACAAAAUGGUUUUAGUUUUGCUGAAGACUGGCCUUAUUAAUGGACAGCUUUCCUAACAAAUGAUUAUUAACUUUUAUCAGAUUUAACAUCUGUUUCAGGAACAUGGCAGUAUGUUUACAUGUCUGAAGUUUUGUUUAUGAUAUUUCUAAAUUGAUUUGUUUAAAUAAAUUCAGCAAAUGGA